AUCCAUUGAAAGUUUCAUGAAAUUUUAAAACCUACUACAAACCUAACCGAACUUACCAAUCGUUUGUAAACAAACUUUUUGGAAUCCAAGCAAAAAUGCUGUUCUACUCCUUUUUCAAAUCACUCGUCGGAAAGGACGUUGUUGUGGAGCUGAAAAACGAUUUGUGCAUCUGCGGUACUCUGCAUUCUGUGGAUCAGUAUUUAAAUAUAAAAUUAACAGAUAUCAGUGUCACAGAUCCCGACAAGUACCCCCAUAUGUUAUCCGUGAAGAAUUGCUUCAUUCGCGGAUCCGUCGUCCGGUACGUUCAGCUACCCAGCGACGAGGUUGACACGCAGCUGCUACAGGAUGCCGCCCGGAAGGAAGCAGUAGUCAGUACGAGAUAAGUGGGGGGUAAGGGUAAAGACAAGACGCUUUUUUAUACAUAUAUAAUUCAUCUUCUAGAAUAUAUAUUACAAUUUCAAUUGCUUUCUCCUCAACAUA